AUGAUAGGAAGCUUAUUGUAUCUUACAACCAGUAGACCUGAUAUCACUUUUGUUGUUGGGCUUUGUGCUAGAUAUCAAGCUGCUCCUAAGACAAGCCAUCUACUGCAAGUAAAAAGGAUCAUCAAGUACAUCAAUGCUACAAGUGAUUAUGGUAUUCUCUAUACUCAUGAUACAAAUUCUUCUCUAGUUGGCUAUUGUGAUGCAGAUUGGGCAGGAAGUGAAGAUGAUAGGAAAAGCACAUCAGGAGGUUGUUUCUUCUUAGGAAAUAACUUGAUCCCAUGGUUCAGUAAGAAGCAGAAUUGUCUAUCAUUAUCAACUACAGAAGCUGAAUACAUUGCUGCUGGAACUUCCUCAAUUGUUCCUCCUUGUGAGGAUGUUUCUGAUGAAGAGGAGAUUUCUGCAGAAAACUCCCCUAUUGGUUCCCAUCAAGAUGAUGUGCCCGAUGCUAGGGCUUCUGAUCCUGAAGAUGUUCCUGAUCAAGAAAUUUCUGGAAAGGAAUCCACUUCUCAUGAAGAUUCAGGUGUACCCACUCAAUCUCAUGGUUCCUCUUCUCCUUCAAAAGAGGAUGAACCAGUGCAUGUGUCCACUGAUAAUCCUCCGUCCAAGGAAUCAAGCAAGGCUCCCAACUUUGUUCAGAACAUCUCUGAUGAUGAUUCUGAUGAUGUUCCUUUAACUACUUCUCUUCCUGAUAGUUUUGCUGCCAGGAUCAAGAGAAAAAGAAGGGUUCCUGAUGUUAAAGAAUCUCCUACCCCAAAGAAGAAGUCCAAGACCACUCCAGCAACUUCCAAGUCUAAGCAAAGAGAUGUGAAGGGAAAAGGUAAGCAACCGGAGGUUAAAGCCAAGAGUGCCAAGAAGAAGAAGGUCCCAGUUGCUGCUGAGGAAUCUGGGUCAGAUGUUGAGGAGGAUGUCGAGGACAUCUUUCCUUCUGAGAAGAAGUAUGCAGGUAAACGCAUUCCUCAGAAUGUCCCUGCUGUUCCUAUUGACAAUGUGUCUUUCCACGCUGAAGGAAAUGUUCAGAGGUGGAAGUAUGUGUGUCAACGUACAAUUUCCAAGGAAAGGGAAGUUGGCUCUGAUGUGCUUGAGUGCAAGGAAGUGGUUGCACUCAUUGAGAAGGCAGGUCUGAUGAAGACCAUUCUCAAGGUUGGAAGGUGUUAUGAGAGGCUGGUAAAAGAAUUUAUGGUGAAUCUUUCUGUGGAAGUGGGACUUCCUGAGAGUGUUGAAUUCAGAAAAGUGUAUGUGAGGGCUAAGUGUGUUGAGUUCUCUCCUGCUGUGAUCAACAAUGCACUUGGUAGAAGUGCUGUUGAAUUUGUUGAUGAGGAAUUGUCCUUGGAUGUGGUUGCCAAGGAGAUUACUGCUGGCCAAGUCAAGAAGUAG